AUAAAUGCAUCGAGGAAAGAAAAUGGAAGGAUGGUAAAAUGAUGUCGAACGAGUUUAGACUCAGUCCCUUACAAGUUUCAUUCCAAUCUUGCGGAGGAAGAGGCAGAGAGCUCACCACAAUCCCUCAAUUUUACGUUACAAACAAGAAAAAUAUCACAGUUUUGAAACACACAUACACAAAGAGAGAUUCUUUCGUAACUACAAAAUAGAAAAACAAAACUCCAGUUGCACCGUUUGGUGUCUUUUUCAAUUCUCAUCCCAAUUGGUGUUCAUUUCCCCAAUUUUGACCCUUUGUGAUCCUUUUCUCAAAUCUAACUGUUUUGUAUUGAAAGGGUAGAGUUGUUUGGAAUCUGAGAAAAAAUGGGGUUGUUUUCUGGGAUUUUUCUGGGGAUGGUACUCGGCAUUGCAUUGAUGGCUGCGUGGCAACGUAUGAUGACGUACCGUAGCGCCAAGAGGAUUGCAAAGGCAGUUGACAUUAAGCUCCUUGGGUCCCUUAACAGAGAUGAUUUAAAGAAAAUUUGUGGGGAUAAUUUUCCUGAAUGGAUAUCUUUUCCUGUAUAUGAGCAGGUGAAAUGGCUAAACAAGCAGCUGUCCAAACUUUGGCCAUUUGUGGCAGAUGCAGCAACAUUGGUGAUUAGAGAAUCUGUUGAACCGAUAUUGGAAGAGUACAGACCAGCUGGAAUUUCUUCCUUGAAGUUCAGCAAGCUGUCCCUUGGAAAUGUUGCUCCAAAAAUUGAAGGUAUUCGUGUUCAGAGUCUUAACAAAGGUCAAAUCAUAAUGGACAUUGAUUUCCGUUGGGGUGGUGAUCCCAAUAUUGUUUUGGCUGUUGAAGCACUUGUUGCGUCAAUCCCUAUUCAGUUGAAGGAUCUCCAGGUUUUCACCAUUAUCCGUGUUAUAUUCCAACUUGCUGACGAGAUUCCCUGCAUUUCUGCUGUUGUUGUUGCCCUACUUGCCGAGCCAAAGCCUAGAAUUGAUUACACUUUGAAGGCUGUUGGUGGAAGUUUGACGGCACUUCCUGGAAUUUCAGAUAUGAUUGAUGAUAUGGUGAACACAAUCGUUACCGAUACGCUCCAAUGGCCUCAUAGGAUUGUUGUUCCUCUUGGGGGCAUACCUGUUGAUACUAGUGAACUGGAGCUUAAACCCCAGGGAACACUUAGAGCAACUGUAAUUAAAGCGAAUGACCUAAAGAAUAUGGAAAUGAUUGGGAAGUCUGAUCCUUAUGCAGUGUUGUAUAUUCGACCACUGUUUAAGGUUAAAACAAAGGUUAUUGAUAACAACUUGAAUCCUGUUUGGAAUGAGGUAUUUGACUUGAUUGCGGAGGACAAGGAGACCCAGUCACUCAUUGUCGAGGUUUUUGAUAAAGACAUUGGGCAAGAUAAGCGAUUGGGAAUAGUAAAAUUGCCACUUAAUGACUUGGAACCAGAAACUGAAAAGGAGUUUGAAUUGAGGCUGCUGUCAUCACUUGAUACACUGAAAGUGAAAGACAAGAAGGAUCGAGGAACCAUAACCAUAAAGAUCUUUUAUCACCAAUUUAACAAGGAAGAACAGUUGGUUGCACUAGAAGCAGAGAAAAAUAUACUAGAAGAAAGGAAGAAACUUAAAGAAGAGGGAGUUAUAGGAACUACAAUGGAUGCGCUAGAUGGAGCAGCCUCGGCAGUUGGGUCCGGUGUUGGAAUGGUUGGUACUGGUGUUGCUACUGGUGCUGGACUUGUGGGGACUGGAAUUGGUGCGGGAGCUGGACUUGUGGGGACUGGAAUUGGUGCGGGAGCUGGACUUGUUGGCAGUGGAAUUGGUGUUGGAGCCGGUCUUGUUGGCAGUGGCAUCGGUGCCGGAGUUGGUUUUGUCGGCAGUGGUCUUGGUGCUGUUGGUAGUGGACUGAGCAGAGCAGGAAAGUUCAUGGGAAGGACAAUCACUGGGCAAGGUAGUUCUAGAAGGAGCGGCUCAAAUACUCCUGUCAAUGUGGAGGAGACUGGUGGUGGUGCAAAACCUCUGCAGUAAUUCCUCCAUUGGGCACUGCAAUAGUAAUGAAAUGACCUUGAAUGUUUAGUUUAAGCUUUCACAGUAGAUAUUUAAUAUUACCUUUGUUUUUUGUUCUUUUCCAUAUUCUGAGGCUCUGCUGUUAUUGGAAAUAGAGUGAACAUUUGUAGAAAUGUCACAUCAGUUUUAGUUGUAUCAUCUUUUCCUGUAAUUGUUUCACAGGGACAUGCAAUAAAACUUGCAUUGUAAAAAUUCAUAUAUUUCAGUGGAAAUCAAGUGAUUCAAAACAAAAAAUAUUGUUGCA